GCUGCAGUCAGUGGAUCCAAUGAGGUGACGCCGCGUUCGGGCCCGACAAGUGAGAGCAAGCCGGUGAUAAGGGAACUUAAAACUACCGUGUGACAACAAAGAGGCUCUGAAACAGGCCGAAGUCAGGAAACUUCAAGUAUUAAAGCCCACCCUGAGGAGCACAGUUUGGAAACCUCUGAGUUUAAGCUCAUCAUGGGGAGGAGGAAGCUGGGGCUGUUUGCUCUGUUCUGCCUUGUUCUGGCAGUGUUGCCUUCUCACACAGUGAGUGUAGCUGUCAUGUCUGUCGACCUUGGCAGUGAGUGGAUGAAGAUGGCGAUAGUGAAACCUGGUGUGCCGAUGGAGAUUGUUCUUAACAAGGAGUCAAGGAGGAAAACACCCAUUGCUGUAUGUCUGAAGGAAAAUGAAAGACUUUUUGGAGACAGCGCUCUGGGAGUGUCUGUGAAGAACCCCAAAACAGUAUACAGACACCUCCAAAGCCUCCUGGGUAAGAAACACGACAAUGUCCAGGUGGCGCUCUACCAGAAGCGUUUUACUGAGCAUGAGCUGCAGGAGGACCCGGUCAGAGGAACGGUUUACUUUAAAAGCUCAGAAGAGAUACAAUACACACCUGAGGAGCUCAUCGGCAUGGUGCUCAAUUACUCCUGCGGACUGGCUCAGGACUUUGCAGAACAACCAAUCAAAGAUGCAGUGAUCACCGUCCCAGCCUUCUUCAACCAGGCAGAGCGCAGGGCGGUCCUGCAGGCGGCACAGAUGGCGGGGCUAAAGGUCCUUCAACUCAUCAACGACAACACGGCCGUGGCUUUAAACUACGGGGUCUUCAGGAGGAAAGAUAUCGACAACACGGCUAAGAACGUGAUGUUUUAUGAUAUGGGCUCAGGCAGCACCACCGCCACCAUCGUCUCUUAUCAGACCGUCAAAACCAAAGAGGCUGGCACCCAGCCGCAGCUGCAGAUCAGAGGAGUCGGGUUCGACCGCGGGUUGGGGGGAUUUGAGAUGGACUUACGACUCCGGGACCACCUGGCUAAACUGUUCAACGAGCAGAAGAAGAGCAAGAAAGAUGUGAGAGAAAACCACCGGGCCAUGGCCAAGCUCCUCAAAGAGGCUCAGAGACUGAAGACUGUGCUCAGUGCAAACAUGGAGUUCAUGGCCCAGGUGGAAGGUUUGAUGGACGACAUUGACUUCAAAUCGAAGGUGACCCGGGCAGAUUUUGAAGAGAUGUGCACUGAUCUUUUUGAAAGAGUGCCCGGCCCCAUGCAGGAAGCCCUCUCUGCUGCAGAAAUGAAGCUGGAUGAAAUCGAGCAGGUGAUUUUAGUCGGUGGCUCAACUCGUGUCCCGAAGGUGCAGGAAGUCCUGCUCAAAGCUGUGGGAAAAGAGGAGCUGGGUAAGAACAUCAAUGCAGACGAGGCAGCAGCCAUGGGUGCCGUGUACCAGGCUGCUGCCCUCAGCAAGGCCUUCAAGGUCAAACCCUUCCUGGUCAGAGAAGCAGCUGUGUUCCCUAUUCAGGUGGAGUUUACUCGUGAGUCAGAGGAGGAGGGGGUUAAAACCCUGAAACACAACAAACGUAUCCUCUUCCAGAGGAUGGCUCCUUACCCCCAGCGCAAGGUCAUCACUUUCAACCGCUACAGUGACGACUUUGCCUUCGACAUCAACUACGGUGACCUCAGCUUCCUGAGCCAGGAAGAGAUCAGUGUGUUCGGCUCUCUGAACCUUACCACAGUCAAACUGUCUGGAGUAGGUAGCAGCUUCCAGAAGCACACAGACGCAGAGUCAAAAGGCAUCAAAGCCCAUUUCAACAUGGAUGAGAGCGGCGUGCUGCUGCUGGAUCGGGUGGAGUCCGUCUUUGAAACUAUCGUGGAGGAGAAAGAGGAGGAGUCAACAUUAACUAAACUGGGUAACACAAUUUCCACUUUGUUUGGAGGAGGAUCAUCAGAACCAGCUCCAAAUAUGACUGAACCUGUCCAGGAUGAGGAGGAAGUGCCUCCAGAAUCAGGAAAGGAAGGCAAGGACGAGGACAGUAAGGAUGAAGCCCAGAAGGAAGAGGCUCCCAAGGAGAAGCCGGAUGAUACAGAGAAAGGUGAAGAGAAAAGUGAGGAGAAGACGGAGGAAGAAGGAAGCAAGGCUGAAACUAAGGAGGAGAAGGAUGAAGAGAAGACUGGAAAUGCAGAGGAAGAGAAGAAUCCGGAAAAGACGGCAAAACCACAGAAGAAGAGUAAAAUCUCUGAAGACAUCACAGUGGAGCUGGUCAUCAAAGACAUCCUGAACCCCACAGCAGAGGACGUCGGCUCCUCUAAAAAGAAGUUGCAGGAUUUAACAAACAGAGACCUCGCCAAACAUGAAAGAGAAAAGACCCUGAACAGUCUGGAAGCCUUUAUCUUUGAGACUCAGGAUAAGAUGUACCAGGACGAUUACCUGCUGGUGGUGUCAGAGGAGGAGAAAGAGCAGAUCUCUGGGAAGCUGAGCGAGGCGUCAGAGUGGAUGGAUGAGGAAGGCUACACAGCCAGCACCAAGCAGCUGAGAGAGAAGCUGUCUCAGCUCAAGAGCCUGUGCAAGGACAUGUUCUUCAGGGUGGAGGAGCGCCGCAAGUGGCCUGACCGCCUAGCUGCCCUGGAGAGCAUGCUGAACACCUCCAGCUUCUUCUUGAGGAGUGCCAAGCUGAUUCCAGCAGAUGACCAAAUCUUCACCGAAGUUGAGCUAAAUUUGUUAGAAAAAGUAAUCAACGAAACAACGACGUGGAAGAAUGAUACGGUAGCAGUGCAGGAGAAACGCUCUGCAAAGGAGCGACCUAUCCUACUCUCUAAAGACAUCGAGUCCAAACUGGCUCUGCUGGAUCGAGAGGUCAACUACUUGCUCAACAAAGCUAAAUUUGCUAAGCCGAGGUCCAAAGCCAAAGCCAAGAACAGCACCAGCUCGGAUAAAAGCAGUAAGACAAACGACACAGCAGAGGAGAAGGUCAUCCCCCCCACAGAGGAGAGCACUGCGACAACAAGUGGAGGACCAGAGGAGCCUCAGCCAGGGGAAGUCCCGCCCACAGAGGAGAGCACUGUACACACAGACUCAGACAGCCAAUCACAGCCCACAGAAGAAACAACUACAGGAGCAACAGAGAAGGUCCACAUAGAGGAUGAAUUAUAACAGCUGGAACUGGGAAAGAAAUCACUAUUUAUUGACAGUGUAUAAAUGUUCAAGUUCCUUCUCUCUUAGUUUUUCUUGUUUUUUUUUUUUGUCCCUGGUGACCGAACCGCUUGAAUCUGACUGGAUAUGCAACAGAGACUGCUCAUCUUACCCCUACCUUCCCCACCCCUCUUCUUUAUUUGCUGCUCAUCUCUUCUGUCUGUCAUCGACUCGACACUGAAACACAACAAAGAAGCAGUUCAACAAAAGUAAAGUCUGGGACUCCGUCUGUGCCGUGAUGGAUACGGGUCAAGCCCACCAGAUGAUGACAUCCCACAGAGGGAGGUGUGAGCAGUGUUCAGACUUAUUAAAGUAACUACAUAGACUUCUGAUGAGGGGGGGGCUUGACAUUUGUACGGUUAAUUCAUUUAAAACUCCACUCUUUCCUGUGCCUCUCAGCUUUAAGACAGCAGCUGUAUUUGUAGGGAAAACAUUGUCGUAAGCCUUAUAGAUUCAAUCUAAAACUAUAUUGGAAGUACAGUUUUUUUUUUUUUUUUUUGUAAUGAAACAAAGCAUUCAUCCAAUCACAACGUGAACUAUAAAUAUGCCCCAACAUAUGUUGAUUGGACUUUGAGAAUAAGUAAAUCAGAGGAAACUGAGAAAUUAGAAGUUCUUCUGAAACAUGUCUAUAAUUUGGAAUGAUGGCUGAUUAUUUUGAACAUAAUUACACAAUUUGGGUAUAAAUGUGGAUUAAGGAUUAGUAUGCAGAACGAGUGACAUACUGAGUGUGUGUUCCAUGAUAAAUCACUUACAUUUUUUAGUACAUGCACUCGAUUGAACUUGUUUCUCCCAUCAUUACUAACCCACUGAAACUCAUUCAGUGUUUUUGUAUGUUUGAAAUCUUGACUAAAUAGAACGAUAACCCCUGUUGAUGAUGAGUAUAAAAAAAAAAACAUGUGUCUAUAGUGUAGCACUUAAGUGCAGAUUGACAGGUGAGCUGCCAAAUAAGUAAAACUUAAUAUAUAAACAGUGUCUCCAUAUUUCUGGUUCCCAUUAUAUCUCUGAUCCAGCUGACUGAAUUAAAUGAGUCAUGAUUUAUUUUUUCUUCUGUUGAUGCCAAAACAACACUGAAUAUGUUUUGGCAGUCAAAGUCCAUCUUUUAGUCUCAUAAGCUGCUAAACUCUCGAGAGGAGGUGAUGUGUUCAAGUUGUCACUGCUCUCAUCAUGACUGGGUGGCGGGGAGGGGGGGACUUAAGUUCAUGUGCUCUUCUGUUUGUUGCACUCUGUUAUUUGAAGGGCUGACAGAGGAAAACAAAAUUCAUGAGUGGGGGAUGAAAAUAAUGUGUGUUAAAGCUGUUAAUAAAAAAAAACAUUUUUUUUUAA